AUGACACCCGGAAAGAAGUUACAGGGUCUUGUAGCUGCUACAAUCACUCCCAUGACUCCUGAUGGACAGAUUAACCCUUCAGUGAUUCGUCAAUAUGUGGAUUAUCUGGUAAGCGAGCAGAACGUGAAGAACGUUUUUGUGAAUGGCACUACAGGAGAAGGACUGUCCCUUAGCAUCCAGGAGAGGAAGCAGUUGGCGGAAGAAUGGGUGUGCCAAGGAAAAGACAAAUUGGAUCAUGUGAUCAUUCAUGUGGGAGCACUGAGUCUGCCAGAGUGCCAAGAACUGGCAAGACAUGCAGCAGCCAUAGGUGCUAGUGGUAUUGCUGUAAUAGCCCCUUUCUUCUUCAAACCCACAAACAAAGAUGAGCUGAUUGCUUUCUUACAGAAGGUUGCGUCUGAAGCCCCUGCGGUUCCAUUUUAUUACUAUCACAUUCCUCCUCUGACGGGCGUGAAGAUUCGUGUUGAAGAGUUGCUGGAUGGAAUAAAAGAGUGGAUCCCCACCUUCCAGGGAGUGAAGUUCAGUGACACGGACCUCUUGGACCUUGCACAGUGUAUAAACAAGAAUGAGAGAGAACAGUUUGCAUUUCUUUAUGGCGUGGAUGAGCAACUGUUGAGUGCACUGGCAAUAGGGGCAAAUGGAGCAGUUGGAAGUACAUACAACUAUUUGGGCCAAAAAACCAAUCUGAUGUUGCAAGCCUUUGCAAAGUCAGACCUUGCGCUAGCACGGAAGUAUCAGUUUCUCACUGGGGAAUUUCUUAACUUUGUCAUCAAACUAGGUUUUGGUGUUGCACAGACUAAAGCUGUAAUGACUUUUGUUUCCGGCAUUCCCAUGGGACCUCCACGACUUCCGCUUGUUGAUGCCACUGAGGAGUUUAUCGUCGAGGCCAAAGCCAAGCUGGAUAGCAUUGUGUGGCCUGAUGGCGAUUGAUGUUCACUUCCAUGUCGAUCUGGAAGUGGAGACUCCUUUUCUGGGAUUCACUGUCACUUGGCACACUCCUCACGUGAUGGACUGUGA